CGAUCCAGUGUAGCAAGUAUCGCCUCCGCGCAAGAUGGCCCCGACGACGACGACCCUCGGCCGCUCCGUGAGCGUCUCGGAGGAGUACGAGAUCGACCAGAACCUCCUCGCGCGCUACGAGCGCCUCAACAUGGAGCUCGAGCAGAUGGCGCGCCUCCAGCGGAGCCGCCAGCGCAACCACAGCUGGGACAACCUCGAGUCGACCAAGGCCGGCGGGACCUCGUCGCGCGGUGUCUUUAGCGCGCGCGUGCCCUCCAACUAUGGCAGCUCGCGCGGCUUCAACGCCAGCCUGCGCGGCCCCAGCGCGAGCGCAACGACGCCGACAGGCACCACGCGCGGGACGCUCUUCUCGAGCCAGCGCAGCACGGGCCUCUUCCCGUCGACGCGUGGCGGCAAGAUCGACAUCCCUGCGCCGUACGAGGAAGAGUGGGUCGCGCUCUCCAAGGAGCUGGAGAAGGCCCGGAAGGACUGUAUCGAGAAGCGCGCGACGCAAGCCGAGCUUUUGGCCAAGAUGGAGAAGAUUGAAAACUCGGCGCUUCGGCGCUUCUUUGGCUUCAACAAGGAGAAGCGCAUGGAGAAGCUCCGGCUCAAGCUCUGCAAGCAGCUCAGCGACGCCGAGGCCGCCGACAACACCUUGCACAAGCUCGAGCGCCGGUCCAUGAGCCUCACGGAACUGCAGAUCCAGUCGCUCAAGCCGCGCUCGACACCAGGCGGCCAGCUGCCCUCCACCUCCAUGUCGCUUUUGCCCGUGCCCAUGGACGACCUCGACAUCGAGCUCAUGGAGCGGCAAGAGCUGCUCGAGCAGGAGAAGCGCGACAUCCUCAACAACGUCUUCAACGCGUUCGUGGUCCCGGAUGUCCACCGGCUCAAGGCCCACAUUGCAGUCGCUGCCUCCGAAGUCAAGGCCGGCGACGCGAUCCAAAAGCAGCUCGAAGACAUCUACAAGCAGUACCGCCAAGCCUUUGGCCUUCUCCGCGCGGCCCUCGCAACCAUCGUCGGCAACGAGUACUCGCACACAAUGAAGGAGUUUAUCCUUGGGCCAUACCCACUCGCGAUCGAGGCUGGUCGGCUCGUCGAGGCGGCGGCGCUGCAGAUCCAGCCCGAGUCGAAGCGCAAGUACCCGGACUUUGCCCCGCUGCUGGCGACGCUGCAGCUGCCCAAGUUUCCGACGACGCUCAAGGACCUCGCGCGGCCCGGCGCGCUCCUCACGACGCCCGAUACGCUCAACGACGGCGGUGAGACCGACCGCCGGCUCAAGCGCGCCGAGAAUGUGAUUGUCAAGACGCAGCAGAUCGUCGCGCGCAAUUUAGAGCUGCUGGAGCAGUGGCGCAGCGUGCUUGAGAAAGACCGCACGCUCGCCGACAAGACGUGCGCGGCGCUCGAGGCGCAGCUCGAGAAGAAGAUGGCGACGCUCGUGCACAGCAUGACCACGUCGAGCUCGGCCGCAUAACAACAAAAGUGUCCACCCUAGUUUAUCAUUAAAAGAAUAUUUGUACCUCGUG